GGUCACAUUAUAGAGGUCAUAAAAUGGGAAAGAAGCGCUCAAGAGAAACCGACGGGCAGGGUGAUGUCGCCAUGGGUGACCCCGCCGUCGAUACGAGGGACGAUGACAGCUCGGACGAUGAGGUGAGGCGCAAAAAUAUGAAAGCCAAGUCAGCAUAUCCCCCAGCUGACCCCGUUUCCGGCGCCCAGGACAUGGACAUUGUCAAUGUAGACUUCGAGCUCUUCAACUACGACCCGCAGAUCGAUUUCCACGGCGUCAAGACCCUCCUCCGGCAGCUCUUUGACGCCGACGCCCAGCUCUUCGAUCUCUCCGAGCUGAGCGAUCUCAUCGUCGAGCAAAACACCAUCGGCUCAACCUGCAAGGUCGAUGACAAGGCCAACGAUGCCUACGCCUUCCUCACAGUGCUCAACAUGCAAGAGCACCGCGCCAAACAGCCCAUCGCCCAGCUGAUCGAGUACCUGACGAACCGGGCCAAGACCAACCCCAGUCUAGUCGGCGCCGUGCCGGAGGUGCUGGCGUCGGGCAAGCACGUCGGGCUGGUGCUGGCAGAGCGGCUGCUCAACAUGCCGGCCGAGGUGAUCCCGCCCAUGUGGUCGUGCCUGAUCGACGAGAUCGAGGCGGCCGUCGAGGAUAAGGAGCCGUACGAGUUCUCGCACUACCUGGUCGUGUCGCGCGCCUACCGCGAGGUGGCGUCGACCCUCGACCAGAGCGAGCGCAGGCAGAAGAAGGCGCGCGACGAGCCCGAGCUGCAGUACUUCCACCCGGAGGACGAGGAGAUGCGCAAGCACGCCGCCGCCUCGGGCACGUACGAGUUCACCAAGGAGGGCGAGUCGGUCGCCGACAGCAAGAGGGCGUUUCAGGAGAUGGGCAUCAAGCCGUGCGGCUUCAUGAUGCUGAUCGAGGCGGACAAGUUCCAAGGGGCGGUACAGGCCAUCGCCGAGUAUGUUGGGACGGCCACAUAG